CACACCACGGCGCCCCUUCGCAUUGUCCGCACGCGUGUCCUUUUAAAGGCAAAAAGCUUUCCAUCGUUUCCUGGUGUCACCUGUCAAGAAUGUUAUCUGGUCGGUCGCGCCAUCAAGGGGGCUCCACAGCAGGAGGACCGUUCGACAUGGAGCCUGAAGACAAGCGCGGCGGCCAUGUGACUCGUGUCAAGUGUGUGUCCAGCUUAUCUAUAAGGGGAUGGGACGGUACGGCGCGGUGCGGCACGACGGCUGCGCUUCUCUGGACUGUCCGGUUCAAAGAGACUCUCCGGCCGGGUCAUGACCGAGUGGACGGUGCUCAAACGGCUCCUUGACGCGGUUCACCAGCACUCGACGAUGAUCGGUAGGAUCUGGCUGACCGUUAUGGUCAUUUUUCGCUUGUUGAUAGUCGCCGUGGCCACAGAGGACGUGUAUACCGACGAGCAGGACAUGUUCGUGUGCAAUACGCUCCAGCCAGGCUGCGCCAACCUCUGCUACGACUCGUUCGCCCCCAUAUCCCACGCGCGCUUCUGGGUCUUUCAGAUCAUCUUGGUGUCCACGCCAUCGCUGUGCUUCAUCGUCUACACCUGGCACAACCUGUCAAAAAUAAACGGGGAGUCCGCGAAGGAGGAGAUCUGCGCGGUGCAGCACGGAGGCUGCGGGUCCAGCCAGGGCUCUUGCAAGUCCCACGGAUAUCUGGACGAGGCCGGCCGGAGUGGACCUGGAGGUGUCCAAAGGGGCCGCCGGACCACGUCGAGGAGGCUCGUCCGGUGCUAUGUGGUCCACGUGUGCUGCCGCGCCGCCCUGGAGGUCGGCUUCGUGGCCGCGCAGUGCGCGCUCUUCGGCUUCCAGGUGCCUCCUCGCUUCUUGUGCUCGGCGCCGCCCUGCGCGCAGGCGGUCGACUGCUACGUGUCAAGACCCACCGAGAAGACCAUCUUCUUAAUGUUCACCUUCUCUGUCGGCGUCCUCUGCAGUUGCCUCAAUUUUCUCGAACUCAAUCAUUUAGGAUGGAAGAAGAUCAAACGGUCGCUGCUCACGCACGAUUUUUCUCAGGGGGGCUACCAGGAGAUCAGGAGCCCCGACACGAACUCCGUGGACUCCCUCACACUGAGGGGACAUGCAAACGAGUCGUCACUCGCAUCUUAUAACCUGGAGGCGGAACACAACCGGGAGUGGACAUUUACGGGGGUUUGUUCUCCUGGUGGCCAGAAGAUGGUCGACUCGGGCAGAGGGGAGGACAGAAGUCAGGGGGGCGCCUCGUCAUUAAAGGUGAAGCCUGGAAAGAGCAAAGGGGGGCGACAGAAGAGCGGUGAGGUCUGGAUCUGACAAUGAAAGCGUUAGGAAGGAAGGAUGGGAAGGUGUAAAUAUACAAUAGUUCAAAAAAACGGGAAGGAGGCAUGUAAAAUAAAAUUGUAAAAAAUGGAAGGAGAAAUAUGGAAGAAAAAAGUAAAUAAAUUGUAAGGGGGUAUUUAAGGUACAACAAUCAACAAUGGAGGGAGGCAUAAAGAAGUGAAAUUAUAAAAAGAAAUGGGAGAAUAUAUAUAACGCAUCAAUGGUUAAAAGAGUAAGGAGGCAUAUAAA